CUGGGAUCAGGCACGGUUGAAAAAGUCAUUGGUGAACAUUAAUCGCAGUUAAAGAAUUGAAGAAAAACGAGGCCUGAAAAAAACCCAAGCCUCGACAAUAUUGGAACCUGUGCUUCAAGCUGCAAGUUUAGGUCAGAAAGAUUAUAUCGUCCGCUGAGCGAUGUCCGAUUCAGCUGCUGUUUUCAUAGCAAUAAUUUUCUCCUUGUUAACCUCCACAAACAUCAUAGGGAAUUCUCUCGUUUGUUGGAUCAUAAAGACGAAUCGGGAUAUGAGGAACCCCACAAAUUAUCUUCUUGUGAACCUAGCUGCAGCGGACAUCUUGUAUGCAGUAUUCAUGGCACCAAAAGUGUUUAUCACCGUGACUGCUUCCCAUCCAGACGGAACAACUGGUUCAUUUUUGUGCAAAUUUCUAACGGAUGGAAUUGUUGCCUGGGUCGGUGGAGUGUCUUCCAUGAUCACUCUGGUUGCUAUCGCCUUCGAACGAUAUUACGCAAUUGUUUAUCCAUUCGGUAACAAAGGAAAUUUCAUCAAAGAUAAUCUAAAGAUGAUCAUUUCUUCGACUUGGUUGUGUUCGUCUAUAUUCAAUCUACCACUAUUCCUUUUUUCUGGCGUUGAUGAAGAAACAGGCAAUUCCUGCAUGGCGUUCUGGCCUCAGUUUUGGAUGUCAAAGGCCUAUCCGUUGUCCUGGUUAAUAUUGGUGUUGGUGUCCUUGUUACUUAUGGCUGGCUUGUAUUCCAGAGUCGUGUACACCCUGUGGUUGAACCGCAGUGAUACCUUGGCCCAGCUGACCCAGCAGCAACUGGGUGUAAUCAAGGUACGGAAGCGAGUCACCUUAAUGGUAAUCACCGUCAGUGCUAUCUUUGGAAUCUGUUGGCUCACAAAUGAACUUGUCUUCACCCUCUGGUAUGUCGCAUCCUACAAAAUCGGCCCUAUUCCCUUCAAUAUCACUUCCACGAUGAUCUUGUUUAAUUCUGCUGUUAAUCCCUUUGCCUAUGCUCUGUUAAACCAGCAGUUCAGAGAAAAGAUGAAAAGAGUCAUUUGCUUCACUCGUACUGUUGUAGUCAGGCCUCAUUCUGCUGGUCUCGGGGAUGAAUCUUCGCAGCAUGUCCAAAACACCAACGAGCAAGUGUAAUUCAUGCGAUCAGCGGCCACAGUUAAAGCAUGCGCAAAUGAUUCAUUCUUGGUUACUCGUGCGCCCAUAUCUCGCGCAAAAUGUUCAUAGCUGAAAACAUAGGAAACAACCAGUGUGACACGGAGUUAAAGAUAAAAAAAAAACUGGGAACCUACCUAGAAAACUGUAAAAGGAAAUAAAAGUAAGGAACAGGAAAACCUAUGACUCUUGCCACACACAGCUUAUUUAAGUAUAAGUGUCUGGUUGUUUUGAGUUCAUAAGAGUUAGAAGCUUCUAAGACACCGUGACUCGCAGCCUUAAAGCACACCUUUGGGCUAUUACAAGGUCCGCGCAUGCCUAGAAGUUUGACCGUUGAGUUGGUGUAAGUAAACAUAAUCCUAUUUUUAACUCGCUACAUUUCUUAUUUAAAACAUUAAGUAAUUACGAUCACAAAAGAAAACGAAUAUAUAUAUCUUAUUAACCAAACGCGAGGGCCGUACACAGAGAAUAU